AUGCCCAUAUCCACUCGGCUGAGAAAAGUCUUCUCCAAACUAAGAAGAAAUAAAAGCAAGCAAAAGAGUGAGACUCGAUCUUCACCCACCAACAACGCACUCCAGCAAAACCCAAAAGUUGCACAGAGACAGAAAACGCUAGUUGAAGCUUCUCGCCAAGGCGAUAUAGUCGCCGUGACAGAAAUUCUCCGACAACGCGGAGCAUCUCCAGAGGGAGAAGAGUCCUUGCGUGCAGCAGCCUCGAAUGGCCAUGCAGAUGUCGUUCUUCUGCUCCUGCAGCAUAGAAUAGAUCCGAACAAGCUCGACAGCGUCGGCCAAACCGCUCUGCACAAAGCUGUUAUCCAUGGCCACGGCAAAGUUGUUCGUCUACUCGUCGAGAACGGUGCAGACCCGUUCAUAGGCACUGCGCCCAUCCUGUGGUUUGCGGAGCUAUAUUGGAAUAAGCGACCGUUGGGAUUACUGCGAGAAUUGCUCCGCAAACAUCACCCGGAAAGAUUCGAGGAGCAGCAUCUUACACCAGCGAAGCCAGCAGUGAGGCCAGCAGUGAAGCCACCAGCGAAGCCAGCAGCGAAGCCAGCAGUGAAGCCAGCAGUGAAGCCAGCAGUGAAGCCAGCAGUGAAGCCAGCAGUGAAGCCAGCAGUGAAGCCAGCAGUGAAGCCAGCAGUGAAGCCAGCAGUGAAGCCAGCAGUGAAGCCAGAAGUAAAGAAGGCCCCAGCUAAAGCAUCCAGGAAUUCUACUAGAGUCUCUCCCGCAUCUCCAACGGAAGAUCUCUGGCCAGAUCGGGUAUUUCUCUCCAGAGGAGAAAGGAGAAGGGUCACGCCUUCCGACCCAGCUUACUGGAAUUGA